GCAAGGUUCGUUCGAUUCGCCCUUCUGGAACAGAAACAGCGAAGCUGCCCCACCUUGACCUUGGCGAGGAAUUCCGGCCACUACGAGCGCAAAACACCUAUAAGCAAAUGGUAGCAGUCAGGCCCGGAGUUUGAUCAACAGUAGCACCGCUCGGAGCACCGUAAAGACGUCAGCUUCCCCGGUCGCAACAAGGUCAAAAGCCUCCGCUGAGCAUUAUAGUUAUGCCAUGUGACUCAAACCUACCGAUCGGGUACGUGGCUUGGACGAUACCAGGAGCGCAGUCGUCUGCCCUGUGCAGGUACCUGAAGUAAUGGAUCGAGGCUUAUUAAUUUUGGGCUGACAAGGCCACGGGCAUAACUGGAACGCAAAAAAAAAAAAACAGUGAAGCAUAUAUAUAUGCCCGGCCAAACGCUCUUUCUCUCGCCUCGAGUGUUCGGGAGCCCUGCAAGACGCCAUGGGACAAUUAUGGCCAGUCGGGCGAUGGCUGCUUCGCUGGUAGCUGCAGGACUGAUUCUCCUGGUGGUGUCGGCGGAGGAGCCGGACUUCAUGAAUCAAGUGAUGCCCGUGAUAUGCGCGGCUACCCAGAACUUGACAAGGCGGAUCUGGUAUUUGGCUUGCGUUGAAUACCUCAUGGAGUACGGGCUGGAAAACGACGCCAACUACUGCUUCAGCAGCGUGAACACGCAGACCUGGGAGGAAGCGUUCGGAUUCUUCUGCGGGGACAAAGAGGAGGACAAGCACCAUUUCCUGAUGCAGUGCUUCUCGGACCGCAUCAACGAGAACGUCAUGUACGACGCCAGGGACGUGGACAAGAUGCUCCGGAACUGCAAGUACAGGAUUCCGCCGGACUGAACUUCGACCUUCUGCUGGACAGCUGCUUCGAAUGAGUCAAAUGAGCGCCGUGGCUUAAUUACAAUCAUAUAACUUCGCUGUGCUGCAAAGGGCCAACGAUGCAAUGGGAAUUUCGCGUGAUGAGCGACGGUUGUUGUUACGAGCUGACAUUGCAUCCGCGAUGCAAUCAGCUUGUUUCUCUUGUCACAAUAAAAAUAAAA